AUGUCGCUCUACUGUGAUCCUGAUGACUUUUGGCUUUGUCCAUAUCAUCCUGAUCAUAAAGUACUAGCAAAACGGUUUCAAUAUCAUGUUAUGCGAUGUGCAAAGGCUUACCCACACAUUCGUCGUGUAAAAUGUUCCUUCAAUGCAACACACUUAACCACACCAAGUGAACUAUUCAAACAUAUGUCAACUUGUCCAGAUAAUCAAGCUGUGCAUGAUGCUAUCGCCAGAGGAAUGGGAGAUUUCAACUGGGAAGAUAGCACGACGGAUAAAUGCGAACGACAAAUGGCCACCGCGAUGAAUGGUGAAGAUUGGGAUCGUGAAGCACAUACAGGAAAUAUUUUUAAUGAAGAUGAGUUACGACAAUUGAAUGGACAAAAUGAAAUGUGGUCGAAUUCUGUAACACCUGCGGUACCAAGCGGAGCAGCAUCCUCACGUCCCCAAUCAUCUUACUUGGACCGUGAUGGUGCAUUUUCAUCACGACCAGUAACUGAAUCACCCAAAGUGUCACAUACUGUCGCUUCAUUCGAACCAAAACGAACUAGUGCUCAUAUGUUCGGUGGAGGACUAAACCAAAUGAACAAUAUGACAGAUGCCAGUCUCGAUUCACAAUUUGAAAAUAUACGCCGGAAUAUGUUGGCUACUGGCGUUGGUCGUGGUCGAUUACCAACAACUCACAAUUCAUCUUCAUUUAGCAACCGUUCAGUUCUACAUAGAUCAUAA